GUCAGCAGUCUCUUAGUCAUCCCCUGUACUGUCUGCAGUCUCUGGUCAUCUCCUGUACUGUGUCCGCAGUCUCUGAUCAUCUCCUGUACUGUGCCCGCAUCUCUGGUCAUCUCCUGUACCGUCUGCAGUCUCUGGUCAUCUCCUGUACCGUCUGCAGUCUCUGGUCAUCCCCUGUACUGUCCGCAGUCUCUGGUCAUCUCCUGUACUGUGUCCGCAGUCUCUGGUCAUCCCCUGUACUGUGUCCGCAGUCUCUGGUCAUCCCCUGAACUGUGUCCGCAGUCUCUGGUCAUCCCCUGUACUAUGUCCGCAGUCUCUGGUCAUCCCCUGUACUAUGUCCGCAGUCUCUGGUCAUCCCCUGUACUAUGUCCGCAGUCUCUGGUCAUCUCCUGUACUGUGUCUGCAGUCUCUGGUCAUCUCCUGUACUAUGUCCGCAGUCUCUGGUCAUCUCCUGUACUAUGUCCGCAG